CGGUUGUCGAACCUCCUGGAACCUCCUUUUUCUCUCCAGCGUCCCUCUAGAACAUUCUUUUUCUAUCCACGGUCUGUCCCUCUUCCCUCCCACACCUAUAAAUGCCCACAACCGCAGCCCUUCUCCUCCAAAGCAAUACAAUCGAUCACUCGCAAGCAUCAAAUAGCUAUCUACAUUUCAUCUCUUCGUGAAAAACCCAAUUUCUCUUUACAAAGAUUCGUCCAAGCAAGAAGAGGAAAAUGGAUUUCAGAGUCGCUGGCCUGGAUUCCCCACUGUUCUCCACCUUGCAGCACAUGAUGGACCUGGCCGAAGACGGCGACAAGUCCUCCCACGCCCCGACCCUCUCAUACGUGCGAGACGCGAAGGCGAUGGCGGCCACUCCGGCCGACGUGAAGGAGUACCCCGACGCAUACGUCUUCAUCAUCGACAUGCCGGGGCUCAAGUCCGGGGAUAUAAAGGUCCAGGUGGAGGACGACAAUAUGCUCGUGAUAAGCGGCGAGAGGAAGAGGGAGGAUGAGGGGAAAGAGGGGGCCAAGUACGUGAGGAUGGAGAGGAGGGUCGGUAAGUUGAUGAGGAAGUUUGGGCUGCCUGAGAAUGCCAACACCGAUGCUAUCUCUGCGGUUUGCCAGGAUGGCGUGCUGACUGUGACUGUCCAGAAGUUGCCUCCUCCGGAACCCAAGAAGCCCAAGACCAUCGAAGUCAAGAUUGCUUGAAGAAUGGAUUGUACGACUGUGAUUUGGAUUUUGGUGGGUUAUGGGAAUAAAUGAACUAGCAUUUCCAUUGUGCGUGUGUUCUGUUUUCGGUUCCUGGUGUGUUUAUGUUAUGGUUUCUGUAGCUUUACAAUGCAUGUGCGUAUGGUUUGUUGUUAUCAAUGAAGCGUAUCAUAUUAUAAUAUCAGAGGGUAGGAUCUAUUCAGAGCUCUUUCCCCCCCCCCCCCCCCCCCCCCUUUUUUUUUUGUUUGUUUUGUAAUUCAGAGCUCUUUCCCCCUUUUGUUUGUUUUGUAAUGUGGACAAGAAUGAAACGGAUUUGGUCCUCUGUUUUGUUCAUGGAAA